CAACACAUAAGCCAUGUCUUCCCUUAGUAUCGAGCAGCUUUUUGGCGUGAAAGGCUAUGUAGCAGCUGUAACAGGAGGAAGCAGUGGGCUAGGUUUCAUGAUAAGUAAAGGACUUGUGACGAAUGGUGCAAAUGUAUACCUAAUCGAUUUACCGACUGAGCCCAUUGAAGAGAAGGUGGCGGGGCUCAAUGAACUUGGUCGAUCAUCUGGUGGGACUGCAUACGGCUUACCAUGCGACGUCACAGACAAGGACGCUGUUGCUAGAGUUGCGACCUUCAUCGCUGAGCGAGAGAGCCAUCUUGACAUCCUCAUCUCCAAUGCCGGAAUAAGAAGAGAUCCCCCGGUCCAGUGCAAUGUAUUAUCUGCGUCUUUGACGGAGCUACAGGAAUCCAUGUGGUCAGCACGCCCCUCAGACUGGGCUGACACCUUUUGCGUGAAUACGACAGCCCACUACUUCCUCUCUGUUGCACUGCUCCCUCUUUUAGCCGCAGCUUCAGAGCUCAACCUAGGUGGUGGUCGCCAGGGAAGAAGUGAGGGCCGCGGCGUAAUUGUUAUCACGAGCUCUUGUGCAAGUAUGCACAAUGCAACGAACGUGGACUUGACCAGUUACGCCACGAGCAAAGCUGCAACUGACCAUCUGGUCAGGUUAUUGGCAGCUAAAUUCAGGAAGUUUUACGUUCGAGUAGCGGGGAUCAACCCUGGCUUUGUUCCAAGCAAAAUGAAUCCAGUAGGAGAAGAGGGAAAUAUGUUCAGCUCUCUUUUUGAUCAAGUUCCCGCCAAGAGGGCGGGGAAUGAGGAGGAUAUCGCUGGAGCGAUUAUGUACCUUGUUAGCCGAGCCGGCGCCUACGUUAAUGGGGUGUCUCUCUGUGUCGAUGGGGGCCGUGUUCUUGUUGCCAAUGGCCAAGAAUGA